CCUAAUGACUGGUCCAAAGAAGGCUUCUUUGCUCUCCCACCAUGCCAACUCCUCCUCUAUCUCGUAUAAAUCCCUCUACCUCAAUCCACUCACCGACAUCGUCGACAAGGAGAAUGUGGUGCCCAAUGUCGGCCCAAACGGCUGCAGCCAAGGCCGUGGCUUUGUUUCCCCUUCUAGCAAAGAGAAAAGCCUGCAGGCCUAUGGAGCCAAAGCCAAUCAUAACAAGAUUGCUCUGAAGCCUUCCUCUCUGCAGUUGUGCAUGAAGCUGAACGAGCCCGAUUCGAUGCUUGGGGGCACAAGGCCAUGGGAGCCACUCCCGUCAUCUUCGGAUAUGUGGGAGUUCUCAGACUCAGAAUCUGCGCCUGCUUCAUCUUGGUCUACUCUUCCCAACAGGUCAUUAUUGUGUAGGCCACUGCCUUUGGAUGUCGGGAGGUGUACUUGCAUUAUAGUCAAGGAACCAGCACAGGGGAGACGAGGGGUGGCUCUCUAUUCUCUUUAUACCAAUGAGGGACAAGGACGACGAGACCGGAAACUAGCUGUGGCCCAACAUGGAAGGAGAGGUGGCAGGUCUCAGUUCAUUGUUGCUCAGAAUCCAAAAGGGAUAUUUUGCGGCUCAGAUGACAGUUUCUUGGGCACCAUAACCGCUAAUCUCAUGGGAUCAAAAUACCAAAUAUGGGAUCAGGGAAACCCACUCGACUCGUUGAAAAAUCAGUCAAAGAGACUUCUUGGUGUUGUUGCGUUUGUACCUACUAUAAGUACUCUCACAGGGAGCUUUAGAAGCAUGAGGGCAUGGAUUCCCAAGCACCAAUCAAUGCAGCUUAAAAAUACAAAAACAACUCAGAUUCAACAUAUUAAUGGACUUCCAAAAGACUGGGAGGAGAAAAGGAAUAGAGCCCAUCAACUCUUCUCACGAGUUCCAUACUACAACAAUGUUACAAGUCGAUAUGAAUUAGAUUUCAGAGAGAGGGCAGGAAGAACAGGUCCCAGAAUUCAGGCAUCAGUGAAAAAUUUUCAGCUGAUCAUGGAGGAGAAAGGAAGACAAACAAUUCUACAACUCGGUAGGAUUGGGAAAUCAAAGUAUCUAAUGGAUUAUAGACACCCGUUGACUGGUUACCAAGCAUUUUGCAUUUGUUUGGCCUCCAUUGACUCGAAACUCUGUUGCUCAGUGUAAAACUUCAGCCUUCAGUAUUUCAAUCUCUGAAACACGAUGCCUUAUUUGGACUAUCAAUGACAGAUCACAGUUUUGGGAGCUCAAACACUCGCAUGGAGAAUGAUAAACAAAGAUGCAGGACCAUUUCUCAUGUGCCAUGAUAAUGUUGUAGCAACAUAAAUGUACCGUGUAUUAGAACAGAUGAUAAGUGUUUCUACAUGUACAAAUAUGUGGCAUCUGAUAGCCCGUUACAUUGUCAUACAUGAGUUGUUUUGU